UUUUCGCCUACUCUAGUCGGGGCAAUCUAAAGAAGAAGAACAAAAAGAAGAAGUCAGGGCACUCAGAUGAUAACAUUAUCGUAUCUAUUUGUCGCUUCUGGCAACGAUAUCUGUACGUCAUUAUUUUGAGAAGCUAAAAUACACUCCACAGAAUACAGAAAAAGUCAUUAGGAAAAUGUCUUCAAUUUUUUCAUUUCAAUCACAGCUCCUUUCCAUCAUGGAUUCUUUAUCAAAAACAGCUGUGUUAGAAAUUAGCAAACUGGUCGAGAUCGAAUCAAAGGUAUUGAAGCUCGAAAUAACUCGAGGCCGGAAUGAAAUUACAUCGCUUACAGACAAAUUGCAGCUGAUGGAAAAAUUGCUUUGGUCCGCACAAGAGCAAAAAGAUGUUGCAGACAAACAUGCAAAAACACCAACUAGAUUGAACGUUGGUUCUGAGAAUAACUAUGGAUGGACGAGUCCUGCAAUUAAAAGAGAUAAUUCGACGGAAAGAGGUUGUUCUCCCUCUGACAACACUUUCGUUCCAGAUGCUGACUUAACUUUUGGUGAACUGCCCUCAUACUCAACGACAGUCCAGCCAGAGUUGACCGUGAUAAAAAAAGAGCCGUCAGAGGUCGAUAUAGGAAACUGUGAGACAAAUUUGCAAAGCGAAAAGAGCACUAUUUCUCUUCCUGCAGUUGCUAAGAAAUGUCCAGAUGAGCAUCAGCUUUUUAAAGACAACCUGGUUGAAGUGUAUGUGCCUGCUGGGAACCUUGUAGACCAGAGCACUCAGUCCUCUUCAACAGCAGGACCAGAGACUUUGGACACGUGGUUUUCCUCAACAUGCUUAAGGAACCCAAACACAAACCUCACAGAUACACACUUAGAUACAAUUCCGAUGACAGGAAAAAGUUGUGGCAGACAUGCUGUCCCACAAAGUUUCAGUAUGGCAAAGAACAUGAAGAUGAACAAUUUGAGAACCCCUCAAAUCCAAAAAAGAUUUGGCUGCAUGCAGUGUGGCAAAAGCUUCCGAUGUUUUAGUCAGCUUGAAAUCCAUCAGCGAAGUCAUACAGGAGAGAAACCCUAUAGAUGCACUCUUUGUGGGAAGCGGUACGCACAGAAAGGUCAUCUUUAUACACACCAGCGUACGCACACUGGAGAGAAGCCGUAUCGCUGUCUUGUGUGUGGGAAGGGCUUCAUACAGAAAUGUACUCUAGACAUGCAUCAACGCACUCACACAGGAGAAAAGCCUUUCAUUUGUUCACAGUGUGGAAAGGGGUUUACCAAAAAUUGUAACCUCACAAAACACCUUUCCAUACAUGCGCUUUGACAUUAAAUGAACAGCUUGAUUCUACACAGCUUGACACUUACGAACAUUUGGCUCUGUCCAACAGUAGUGGCCGCUAUUUAGUGACAUUUAUUUGUGGUGUUGUCGCUAACUGUUAAGUAAAUGCUUGCAUCAAUCAUGUUUUUUUCCUCAGCUAUUUGUAGUGACCAAUAAGGCAAGUCAUAGUAUUAUACAUUUUUAUAUCAACAGAAACAGUACUACCAACGAUCACAAUUAUGAUGGUACAUUCCUUAUUGCAUCAGUAAGGAUGGAUAGAGGCAAAUUAUACCGGUUGACAGGAUAGGAAAUUAACCUGUUUUCCUAUAUUUGUUGUGACUUGUUUUUAUUAAAAAAUAUAUAUUUAUAA